AUGGCAGGUCCUCUUCCCAUUCCCGCCGCGACGAGUCCGCCGGCUCGGCGCCGUCCGCUGGCUUGUUCCCGGUGCCGUCGGCGUAAAGUCCGCUGCGACGGGGCUUCGCCUGCUUGUUCGAAUUGUGCUAGAGCUGAGGUGGAAUGCUUUGAGGGGGUUUCGGGGACGGCGAUAUCCCGGAGUCGCCUUUAUUAUCUGGAGAACCGUGUGAGGGAACUAGAAGCUGCCAGUGGAGUCAUUGCGCUGUCGGCCACUCGCCCGAAUGUGUCUGAUAAUGGAGACACCAGCAACAUUGAUCCGAGGCUCUCAGGAUUUGUGGAAGCCCCACGAGUUGACCCCUUGCCUAAUCAUCAGCAUCAAUAUAGCCAGAGCAGCCAAUUCGGAUAUCCAGGGGAUGGACUAGGAUCGGAGCAUCGUCAGCAAGCAUCUCGCUCAUCGCGUGAAGAAAUCCCUCGACCAGGAAGCACAGUUCGAACCCUCAAUCCGGGGCAGAGUCCAAGAGCAGAAAGCAAUCCCAUUGAAGAUGGUGCUUCUCCGGCCAUUUCAACUUCCAGUCGGAUUACGCGAGAUCAGCCACUCGCUCACGAAGUGGGCUUGCUUUCCUUGUCGAAUGCAAGUGAUCCCAAGUAUCUGGGCCUGUCAUCAGGAGUCCCGUUUGCGCGAUUGAUAUACGAAUCAGUACCCCAGUCGCAAGGAUUGUCACUGGCAUAUUUGCGAGAGGAUGAACAAGACCAACGGCAGGGUGAUGCGGCUCAGGGUCUGGGCCUAAGUGCACAUGACAUCCAACAGCUUGGCUUGCCUUCAAUGUCCGGCUGCCAGCAGUAUGCAGAAAUAUAUUUCAGCGUCUCGACAUUCUACCCCUUCAUCUCGCAGGAUGAUCUCCAUACCCUCCUCAAGCAGGUGAUGCAUCUCGACACUAGGUCGACUUGGAACAGCAUUAUCCCCGUGAAGCUGGCCCUUGCGCAGAUUUAUUUGGUGCUUUCUCUGGGUGCGCGAUUUUUAGAAAUUAAGCUUAACAGCAAGUUCCCCUCACAUGACUUGUUUACCAAAGGCAUGGGGUAUGCGACACAGAUCAAGCUCCAUGAUAGCAUCGAAGGUGUGCAAGUUCUUUUGCUGUUGGCACAGCAUAGCUUUUAUAGUCCGGAGGGGUUAAAUGCGUGGUUUCUGUUGCAUACCAUUAUUGCCAGCUGCUUGGAUCUUGGGUUGCAGCGGCGUGAUAACUGCAAAAAAGAGACCGAACCCCCAUGCCAUCGCAAAACACGCCACCUGCGAAGCGCUAUCUUCUGGUCAGCAUAUUCCAUGGAUCGCACCCUCACCACCAUCUUAGGCCGUCCUCUCACGCUGAGAGACGAAGCCAUCGAUCGGGAAUUCCCGGGGCUAGAUAAUAACGAUGAGGUCGAAUCGGCAGCAACCCAGUGGGAUCAGACUACCUCACAAGACCAAGCGGUUGAACAGCAACCGCCAGGGUUGGCUCCAACCCCCUACACAGCAUGCGUUUACUCUCUCCGCUUCGACCGGAUCGUCGCAGAAAUCAAGCUGAUGCUGUACCGUGUCUCGCGAUCACCCAGUCGCUUUCCAUGGCCGACAAAUGUAACUGCUUGGCAACGUGAAGCCCAUAAUGUCUGCGUCUCGCUGCUUCAGGAAGCUCGGAAUCAGCAGCAAAGCUCUCUUUUGAACAGCUUCGGUACGUUGUCUGGAGUGACCAUGCAACGGUUGGAACUCAAAUACCACCACUGCAUCAUGCUCCUCUAUCGUCCAAGCCCGCAAAUCCCGCAUCCAAGCACAGAAGCUAUUCAGGCAUGCUUUAGCAGCGCGAUGGAUAUCAUCUCCAUCUACGCAGACCUCCACAGAUUCCUAAACAUGGAAUGCUCAUGGCUCUCGGCGCAUUCGAUCCUGGUAGCUGCCAUCACAGUCCUUUACUGCUUAUGCUCGCACCCAGCCAUACGAGGAAUAACACCCGUCGAAACCUGUUUGAAAAGGACAGAACUAGCCCAUGAGCUGCUAUCGUUCCUAGGACGGUCAUGGUCUGUUGCGGAUGAGGCAGGACUGAAGCUGGGUAGGUUGAUCACGGCUACGAGUGAGGUUUAUAGCGCAAAUGCCACUGUAGGCGGUAGCCUUGCUGAUCGCCAAGAGUAUGAGAAUGGCGGCAAUAUGGUGCCGUUGCAGCAGUCGAGUUCAGGCUCAGAUAACCCGGAUAUGCCUGCUCUGGAUGGAAGGGCUUUCUUGACUGAUGAGCUCGGGGUUCUUCGAGACUUGUUUGAUCUUGGGUGGUUGGAUGAAUCGGAGUUUGGUAAUCAGCCCUCUUUCUUUGGGUCUUGA